AUGGUCUUCCUUCAGUUUGCAUCCUGGGAACAUGAAGAACAGGGUCUUAAAGAUGACAAAGAACGAAGAAGAACCCAGUUGCUUCAGGGCUUACCUACAACCAGCAGUGUUGAAGAAAAUGCAGCAGCUGGUGUUUCAGUUUAUACUUUUAAUGUAAAUGUUUCUGAAGGUGUUGCAAUACUUCCUACCAUAGUAAAUUCAAAUCCACUCACAGAGGCUUUUGAUAUUGAAUCGAAAGGGAAUUUUGAAUACACGGUUGUUACCACUGGAAACCCUGUCCUAGAUUAUGAAACUAUGCCAAAGAGAUUUGAUUUACAGAUUUUUGUCGAAGACACAGCUGGGAGAACUGACCUUAACACACUCACUAUCCAAGUAAAAGAUAAAAAUGAAAGUCCUGUAUUUCAAGGAAAUAUGGCAUUUCAAACUAUAACAAUCUACUUCUUGGAAGGAACACCUGUGGGACGCAUUUACCAAGUUGAUGCAGUUGAUCCUGAAAAUGCUGAACUCAAAUAUUCACUGCUCCCUGCAUCAGUGCCAUUCUUGGUCGAGGAAAGUGGAACCAUUUUUUCCACAAAAGUAUUUGAUUAUGAGAAAGAUCCACACAGUUACUUUUUAAAUAUAACUGUGACAGAUUCAGAUGGACUCAACUCAACUAAAGUAGUGAAUAUAAAUAUAAUUAACAUCAAUGAUGAAAGACCUUACUUCACCACGAAUCAGAGUGUCUACAGGAUUCUAGAGGAGCAAAGCCCAGGCACCAUUGUUGCCAACAUAACAGCUAAAGAUCCUGAUGAUGAAGACUCUCCCAGCAGACUUUUCUACAGCAUCCAGUCUUCUGACAGAUAUUUUUCCAUAAAUCCAUCGACUGGAGUGCUGCAGGUGUCUGGGAGAAUCAACCGAGAUGCCCUUCCACUGAAGCUCCAUCCUCAGGUUUCAGUGGUGGUCCAGGUGGAGGACAGUCCCAGCGGCGGUCACACCAGCCAAAUGGCAAUCACAAUCACUGUUGGUGAUAUCAAUGACAACCCACCAGAAUGCAAACCUUCUUCCUUCAGGAAAGAGGCAAAUGAAAAUAUGACUGCAGGGACAUUUCUUCUUGAUCUUAGAAAUUACUGUGAAGAUAUUGAUGUUGAUCCUUUAAACAAUCAAUUUAAUUUCACUGGAUUAUCUGGUUUUGGAAGCAAUAACUUUGCUCUGGAGUCCACUGUCCCUGGAAGACUUGUGAACUCCCACCAAUUGCUGGACAUGGGCAAUGGUGGUUGUUUUGUUCCUUUAAAAAGAACUAUAGACAAACACAGAAAAAGGGAAACACAACAAAAACAAGGCAUUCAGAUGACUGGAAGUAUUGAUUUAGAAAGCCCAGCCAAUCUAGGAGUUGAAGUCUAUUCUUUGACUGUCAGGGUGCAAGAUGUUGCCUAUCCUAGCUACUCAAAUAUCAUCUACAUUUACAUCAGGAUAAAGCCAGUGAACGAAUUUUUUCCAGUCUUCAGUAAUUUAUCAUAUGAAUUUAAUGUUCCAGAAAUUACAAAAGUUGGAUCCAGCAUUGGAAGAGUGAUUGCCAAAGACAAGGACUGGCCGCCCAGUGUCAUCACUUAUUCCAUUGUAGCUGGAGGAGGCACCAGAGAUUACACAAAUAUCUUCUGGAUCAGCCCAACCAAAGGAGAUGUGAAGAUUUUAGCAAGAUUAGAUUAUGAAACAACUCAGAAACACAUUCUCACAGUGCAGGCCUCAGACCAAGAGAAGACUGCAACAGCAUCUGUAACUGUUAAUGUUUUGGAAGUAAAUGAUGAAGAACCAGUUUGUUCACCCAAUUUCUAUUCCUUUCAAAUCCCAGUCAGUUUAGCUGUUGGGACCAAUAUUAAUGGCUUCAGGAUUGAAUGUCGAGAUCGUGAUUCUGAUCCCAGGUCUUUCCGUUACACCAUUACCGAAGGCAACAUGAACAAUCAUUUCACCUUUUCACCAAGUGCUGGAUCCAACACAUCUCGGCUGAUUCUUGCAUCAAGGUUUGACUAUGAGAGUGGACUUGAUACAAACUGGAUUUACAGACUGCGUGUUGUUAUAACAGAUGACAAUUUACUAUCUGCCAAGGACAAAACCACAGGCCUAAUUCAAACUGGAACGGUGUCUUUAAACAUCAGAGUUAUCCCAAACCCAACUACUGUCAUUACCACAACGCCUGGCUUCACUCUGGUGACGAAAAGGGAAAACCUGUACUCUGAAUCAGCGUGGUACGUGCCAUUCAUCCUCACCCUCGGCAGUUUGCUGCUCCUGGGCCUGCUGGGGUACCUGGGGUUCCUGCUGGCCACCUGGCUGCGCUCCCGCCGCCCGCCGGCAGCCACAGCAGCCAGCACAGCCCGGAUAAACGCUCCAGAAAAGAAGAAACCUAAGAAAGAAGUGAUUGUGACAAUGACAAAGCUAAACACUGUCUUUGAUGGAGAAGCCAGAGACCCAGUUACUGGCAAAAUGUAUGAAUUCAAUACACGGUCGGGUGCCCGGAGGUGGAAGAAGAGCAAUGAGCCCCUUCAGGCAGCACCAGCCAUGCAGGUAACAUCCAGUGCCACAGAUGAUAGUGGCCAAGGGACAGAGAGAGAAGAGGCACCAAGCAAAAAAGAGCCUUCAGAGAAGAGGAAAGAGCUGACUGCAGAGACAAAACCAGCUGCCAAGCCCCCAGCAGGGCAAUCAGAAACACCAGGUCAGGAUAGGCUGAGAUUACAAAAGCAGAAAGAGGAGACUGAGGACAGGGGGUUACACUCACCAGCCCCCCAAGGCAGACACUGA